AUGAUCGGAGGACGAGGGAGGGGGGGGGGGACCGCUCCGUGGUGCUUUGUCGGACGAGAUCGGCCGCCGGAAACGGAGAAGGUCGUCGACCAGAGACGGCAAGACAGAGGAGAAAGCCAUAAUGAUAUUGCCACCACCUCCGCCCGGCCGGUUCUUGGCCUCCCAUGUUACCGGCCGAUUUUCCCACGUGCCACGGGGUGAGGGAGAGAGAGAGGCGUUGAAAAGUUUGGUUUCUGCCCGGGCCCACAUUUUACUGGGCCGCUUUCCCCACGUGCGACGUUGAAGUCAGAGAGAGCGCCAAUGCAGCCGAAGAAGAAAGGGGUGGAAAUAUAAUUACUAUAAAAUUACCUGAAGGACAGUUUUUUAAAAAACCCUCGCAUCACGAAAAAACGAAAAAUCCCCACCAUUGAUCGUGGUCCCCAUGUAGACGCUUGAUUAUAUAUAUUAUUUUAUAUGCCCAUCACGACAUAACGCGUGAUAUGCCGUCGUAUUAUUUUAUAUUAAUAUUUUUACUAUUUAACUAUUAAGUCAGUAAUGAUUAUAGAUAUUAGUCAGCAUUGGACGUUCAGGUGUCAAACUGUAGUGUACAUAUUAACAUAUUUAAAUAUUAAUUAUACUAAAAAAACACCCUAAAAAACUCUCCGGUGCAGAGGGCUCCUCAAGACGGACGGUCAACGUUUCAUCGGCGGCGGCGGAGUGUUUUUCCAAAAGAUGGUGGGCCCCACAGCGGUUUUCAAAACAGACGAAACUCGACCACUGACUUUGACCGAUCAUUGAAUCUAUUUUGUAAUUUACCCUAAACAAAUGUGUACUAGUUAUGUAUAUACCCACCGGCAAGCUUUUCAACCUCUUCUAGACGUGAGGUUCAUAAGCUUUGACUUGUUGCGAGUCAAAGCACGAAGCCAAUCUUUUUCUAGGGCCGAGACUCGGUCAACUAUCUCAAGCUUACCAUCACCAUUGACCAACGAUUCUCCCGCCGCGAACGUCUUCAAUCUCCGAAGGCCGAGUCGCUCCACGUUACACACACCAGCGGUUCCAGCAAAAGAAUCCCGGAUGAGCUUCUAAGGAUACAAAUAUACCGAUUAUUUUCGCUAUAUGAAAAUAAAAUAAAUAUCAACACCUAGACCUAGUUUUUUUUCCUAAAUUGGAGAUCCAAGAUCGUCUGAAAAAAAUGAAGAAGAAACUGAUAGGGCAAGAGGGUCAAACGCGAAGCUCAUCGUAGCUGGGGCUGGACUGGAUCAAAAGGUCUGGAAGAGUUAUCCUUCUCACACAGUAAUCUAGAUUGAUCCUGGGCUUCAUAAGAGUCCAGAUUGGAACCAGUUUUCCUCGCUGUUCUUCAGAAUUGGGUUCAAUCCAGAUCUGCCCAAAGGUACCCGAGCUCUACAAAAUAA